AUGCCAUGGAGCGAACUAAUACGCACUUCAGUGACGGUUCCAGUUGCCUCCUGGGAGUGGGAAUAUUUGUCCAAGGCUUAUUCGACCCCCUCUGCCGGUUCAAAUGAAGAUUCAAUUGCCGAAAAGGCCAAGUUUCAAACCGAGUGGCUAACGAAAUUGGUGGUAAACUCAGGCCCCUCAUCCCCAUGCGGCCCAUUGGUAGACACGGACGUGCAGUAA